AUGGAAGGAAGUCGUAGAUGGGUAGGGCCAGAUUUUUGUUUAAGAAGCAAUGACCUCGAAUUGUUCCAUUAUUUAACAGGUGGGAAUCUUGCAAUUAAAGUCGCGGAAAAGGUGUUAAAUAAAAAUUUAAAAUUGAUUGAAGAUUUGAUCUUAGAAAAAAGAUUCGUUCCGAAUCCAAGAAAACCCAAGAUGUCAUAUAAAAAUAUUAUUGAUUUUAACAAAAAACAAUCUCGAUCACCGCCCACAGUGACAUCCGAACAAAUUUUAAAAGAGAUUGAAAUCAUUGAUAAAAAUGUUGAUAGUGUCGAUAAUGAUGAUAAUUUAGAAUAUCUGAAGCUUUUUUCGUUUGAUUUGAAUAUUUAUCCAUGGAUUUUAAAAAAAUUUGGACCUUCUUCAAUUGUCACCUCCACGUGUUACAACGAAAUUUUAUCAACUAAAUUUCAUUUUGAUAAUCAGAAUCGAUGGUAUUACGAGGAUCUUACUGAUAAAGGCUGGAUUGCAAAAUUAGCAAAUUUGGAAAAGUCCUCCGCAAAAUCACCAUGUUCUGAUAUCAUUCUAUUUAAAUAA